CUGGAAAACUCGAAAACGAAUACAAACCUUAUUUCCAACCAAUUCUAUCAGUCUCAGUUUUCGUAGUCGUGAAAGGAUGAUAAUAAUUUGAUUGAGUUCGUAUGGUGUUAUUAGUUAGGCUUUUAUCUCUUUUAGGGAAAUAUACGUUCAAAUGGAAAACAUGAGUACAGAAUUAGAAGAUUUGGUUAAAUUAAAUUUAUACGACUUACUCCAAGUUUCAUGUACGGCCGGAAACAAAGAGAUACAAAGUGCAUAUAGGAAGAAAGCACUUUCUUGUCAUCCAGACAAAAAUCCUGACAAUCCUGAAGCAGUUAAACUCUUCCAACAGUUAUCUAAAGCACUAGAGAUUCUGACAGAUGGCCCAGCAAGAACAGCAUAUGAUAAAGUGCUGAAAGCAAAGAAAGCCCAUGAGCUGAGAAAUGCAGAAUUAGACAGUAAAAGAAGAAAAUUAAAAAAAGAUCUUGAAACUAGAGAAAAAGCUGCCAGAGAAGAAGAAUUUGGAAGUGUAGAUCCAGCAAAAACACUUCAAGAAGAGAUUGAAAGAUUGCGAAAAGAAGGGUCUAAGCUAUUGGAAGAAGAACAAGAAUUACUAAGGAAGCAUAUGCAAAAGAAGGAAGCUGUAUUUUCUGAAGAAGAAAAGAGAAAAAGAUUAAAGAUUAAAUGGAAAGCAGAAAAAGCGGAUCCUUUAAAUGGUGGCUACACAUAUGAAUUUCUCCACAAAGUUUUCAAUAAGUAUGGAGAAGUGUCUUGUUUAAUCAUUUCCUCCAAGAAGAAUGGAAGUGGUCUUGUGGAAUUCCUAUUACCAACUGCAGCACAACUGGCAUAUGAAAAUGAAUCAGGCCUCAGUAGUAAUCCAAUUCAGCUUUCCUGGAUUCCAAGCAACCAAGGGUCAAAUGAGAGGUUUCAACAAGAAUCUUAUGUUUCACCAAAAGAUUCUGAAACUGUAAAAGCUGAAGGUGUAUUGACAUCUAAAGACUAUGAGAGUAUUGUACUCAUGAAACUUAGACAGAGUGAAGAAAGAAAACAAAUUAUUGAAGAGAUGAUGAAAAAUCAAGAUACAAUUUAAUUAUAUUUGUAUAAUACUGAUGCAUUAAACCUGUUAUUAAUAGA